AUGGGCUUUGUCUCCUUGGGACUCCGGAUUUUUGUAAAAACGACAUUUAUUUUUCAUUCUGUUUUUAGGAAGUAUUCAACGUUAAUUAAAAUGUCUUCUACCAAGCAUCCAAAUGAAAAUGAAACACCCAAAGAGAGAAAACCAGGACUGAGGAGUGUUCGAACAACUACAAAAAUUAGCCUCUGUGUGGCCUACCUUGGUUAUUUGCAUGCAACAGUAGAGAAUAAAAAAGACCUUUAUGAAGCAAUCGACAGUGAGGGGUCCAGGUACAUGAGAAGGAAAACUUCCAAGUGGGACUGA